AAUAGCUGGAGUAACCUCGUUUGGGAUUGUCGAAUGUCAGAGCGCGCUUCGCCAGCACAAACGACGAAAGGGUUAUAUCCAGUCAGGCGCCACCCUGCGAGGGAGAGCGCGGCUUUCUCUGCCACUCGGGCCGGAGGAGGAGGAGGCUGCUGACGGGCUGCUGGUGGCGGAGGAGAAGAGAGAAUAUAUAGUGUUCGUUACGGUGAUGCCCGAGAGAAGAGAGGACAAGACAGCUUUCCUUAGGAAAAUAGCUUUCUCCUCCAGCCUGUUCCCAAUCUGGCUGGACCACUUGGCUGAAGCAGAGACCCUCCGAUUCAGUAUUUGACUCUGUGGAUCAUUUUGAAAUGUGGUGGUUUCAGCAAGGACUGAGUUUCUUGCCUUCUUCCCUGGUUAUUUGCUCAUCUGCUGCUUUUGUGUUUCCAUAUGUUGUUGGAGUAUUCUUACACCAUAUUGACACUUUGGUACCCUAUAUCAGUGACUUAGGAACAACACCUCCAGAAAGAUGCUUGUUUGGAAUAAUGUUAUGCUUUGUUUCCUUCUUGGGUAUCGCUACCAUAUAUGUUCGGUACAAACAAGUCAGUGCUUUGAACCCUGAAGAACCCAAGAUGCUCAGACUCAAUAAGGCUGGCUUAGUGAUCGGAAUGGUUAGCUGUUUUGGGAUUUGCAUCAUUGCAAACUUCCAGAAAACUACUGUAUUUUUCAUACAUACAUUUGGAGCUUUCCUCACAUUUGGAAUUGGAGUCAUAUAUAUUCUGGUUCAGACAAUUAUUUCCUAUAAGAUGCAACCACAGAUUCAUGGGAAGGAUAUAUUUUGGAUCAGAUUUACAAUCCUGCUAUGGUGCGCAGUAAGCAUAAUGAGUAUGGCUAUUUCUUCAUUCAUUUUACUCAGCUUAAGUGGAAUAGAUUCCCUACAGAGGCAGCAUUGGAAUCCCCAGGAGAAAGGAUAUACCUUUCAUAUCAUUACCACAGUCUCUGAAUGGUCUUUGGCUUUCACUUUUGUCAGUUUUUUCCUGACUUUCAUCCGUGACUUCCAGAAAAUCUCAUUGCAUAUGGAAACAAGACUAUUUGGCCCUAAUCUUUAUCACACUCAAGAGCAGCUUCUACAAGAUGAGCAAGGAAUACCAAUCACAGGAAGCAUAUGAGAAGAAAACGGAGAAAAUGACAUAAAUUAGAACUUAUCUUGGAAAAAAGGCUUUGGUUCACAUAUAGCGCUCCCAUUUUUUUAAUAUGCAAAAAUCAUGAUGUCUUAUUAGUUCCACUGGCAUCAGCUCAUAUACAUGGAUAUAAGUACAGUCCUGUGCGAAGGUUUUAGGCAGUUGUGCAAAAAUGCGG